GUCAACUCAAUUCGCCUUCCCUAAAUACCUGGCACCAGCCAAUAUCCGGCAGCGCGCGAAAGCUCCCCUGGUGAAACCCAUGUUCGUGUACGGUGGAGUCAAUGACCCUUGCGGACGGGCUCGCGCGAAAUAACACGUUGCAUGACCGCCGAAAGCAUCGAUGCGCACGGGCUCCCCAGGAUGUGGCGCGGGAUUGGAAAAAUUUAACCUAUUCGGUCGCGGCGGGUGCCUUGACGCCGCCCUCAUAUACCGGUGCGUGCGAGUUUCCCUCUUACUUUCCCCCUUCAUCCCCCUGCGCGCCCAAAUCACGCUUGUCACUCACGCCCCUCUGCCUCUGCCGUCGCCCUCGACUGCGCGGUACUGAUGCGUCGACACCGCGCCGGCCUCGCUCGCUCGCGCGUCGGAUCCCAGGCGCCAGAAGGGCUGUCAACAUUUCGAAAACGGGUCACGAACGCCCAAUUUCGCGUCCAACACCUCGCCCAACGAUGAGGAGGGCUGGAUUGUGGCCGGCUGUACGUACGACGAGCGUCUCCUCAGUGGUCGUCUCAGGCGAUUUCUAAUGCGCUUUCUUACGCCAAAAAAUCGCAUUUUGACGCGAAAUGCUCGGAGGUCCGCGCGGGAAUCCCUCGUUGAGAGCCGCGAUGGCUGUGAAGGGGAGGAGGGGGAGGAGGCAGCGCUUCGCGCUGCCCUCAGCGGCGACGACGCGCGAGACACCUUCUCGCGCUCCCUCAAGCGAGAAAUCCGGCGAAUCGACGUCGAUUGGGCCGGGGGCCGCGU